UCCUUGUGGUUUUCACUUCCUUCUGCUCUCUAUUCAUACACUUUCUCUCUUUCUUUCUCUCUCACUCUCUCUCUCUCAUUCAUUAUUGAGACUUCUUUCCAGAUUUCUCAGAGCCAUUGAAUCUAUAUGGCUGUGCAUUUUCUUCUUCUGCUUUUUGCAGUGUCUCUUGUUGCGGCUGACGACGAUGCAUUUAUUGGAGUGAACAUUGGAACAGAUCUCUCUGAUAUGCCACAUCCUACUCAAGUAGUAGCUCUACUUAAAGCCCAGCAAAUCCGGCAUGUUCGAUUGUAUGAUGCAGACCAAGCUAUGCUCCUUGCACUUGCAAAGACAGGCAUUCAAGUUGUUGUGACUGUUCCUAAUGAAGAACUCCUUGCAAUUGGUCAAUCGAAUUCCACAGCCGCCAACUGGGUUUCCCGCAAUGUGGUAGCACAUUAUCCAGCCACCAAUAUCACAGCGAUUUGUGUUGGUUCUGAUGUUUUAACUUCCCUCCCAAAUGCGGCAAAAGUUCUUGUCAGCGCCAUUAAGUACAUUCAUUCAGCUCUUGUUGCAUCCAAUCUUGAUCGCCAAGUUAAAGUUUCCACACCCCUUUCAUCUUCCAUCAUCCUUGAUUCAUUUCCACCUUCCCAGGCUUUCUUCAACCGUUCACUGAAUCCAGUUUUAGUCCCUCUACUUGAUUUCUUGCAAUCCACUGGAUCUUAUCUAAUGCUGAACAUUUACCCUUACUAUGACUACAUGCAAUCAAAUGGAGUGAUUCCAUUAGACUAUGCACUCUUCAAAACUCUCCCUCCCAACAAAGAGGCUGUGGAUUCAAAUACCCUACUUCACUACACCAAUGUCUUUGAUGCCAUGGUUGAUGCUGCAUACUUUGCUAUGGCUUUUCUGAACUACACCAACAUUCCUGUAGUAGUGACCGAGUCAGGGUGGCCCUCGAAAGGUGGCUCCAACGAGCCUGAUGCAACCAUAGACAAUGCCAACACUUACAACAGCAAUCUGAUCAAGCAUGUGUUUAACAAAACCGGAACUCCCAAACAUCCUGGAAUUGCAGUCAGUACUUACAUCUAUGAGCUCUACAACGAGGACACGAAGCCAGGGCCAUUAUCUGAGAAGAACUGGGGACUAUUUGAUUCAAAUGGAGCACCUGUUUACAUUCUUCGCUUGACAGAAUCAGGGGCACUCCUUGCAAAUGAUACCAGCAAUCAAACUUUCUGCAUUGCCAAGGAUGGUGCUGACCCGAAGAUGCUGCAGGCUGCAUUAGAUUGGGCAUGUGGACCAGGGAAGGUUGAAUGCUCUCCAUUGCUGCAAGGGCAACCAUGCUAUGAACCAGACAAUGUGAUUGCUCAUGCAAAUUAUGCUUUUGACACUUACUAUCAUAAGAUGGGAAAAACUCCCGAUGCCUGUGACUUUAAUGGUGUAGCUACCAUCUCCACCUCAGAUCCAAGUCAUGGUUCUUGUUUAUUUCCUGGAAGUCUUGGCAAAAAUGGCACCUUAGGUAACUUCACAGCUCCAUCCAUGAAUUCUACAAAUUCAGAUUCCUCAGCAUACAACCUUGCCAACUAUGACUUGAGAAUUAGAAGUCUUCUAAUGGCAACAGGAUUUCUAAUAUGGGGAGCUGUUUUGCUAUGAAGUGGUAUAUGUCAGAACAAGCAUUACUUGAAAAUUUUUGUUAGGUGAUAAUGCUACAUAUUCGACUUGGUAGCAUCAUUGUGUUGUUCAUAGUGGUCCAUUCAAUUUUGUACAAAAACCAGCUAAGGGUUUGGACUGAAUGAGGCUGCACUGAAUCUCAUCAUCUUUAUUAUUCUUUUCAGCUAGAAUUGAUUCAAUCUUUAAUCAA